CAAACAUUUGAAGUUAACGCCCGUACGACAAGUUAUUUUUCCAUUAACACACAAGAGAUGUCAAAGAGGCGGGUAGCUUACUACUAUGAUGGUGACACCGGUUCAUAUACGUACGGUCUUGGUCACCCAAUGAAACCGCAUCGAAUGCGCGUCACGCAUGAUCUUGUAUCAGCCUAUGGAAUGCUCGACAAAAUGCAUGUUCUGCGUCCCAAACGCGCUACUCCUGAAGCCAUGACAGCUUUUCAUACGGACGAGUACAUACAUUUUCUAAAUCGCGUGACGCCAGAGACCGCAGAAGAGUUAACUUAUCAUGGCACCCGUUUUCUGAUGGGCGAGGACAACCCUGCAUUUGAAGGUGUAUUCGAGUUCUGUUCAAUAUCAGCCGGAGGCUCAAUAUCUGCCGCACAACGAAUAUCUUCAGGAGCCGCAGAUAUAUCUAUCAAUUGGGCAGGUGGUCUCCAUCACGCGAAGAAACGGGAGGCAUCAGGCUUCUGUUAUAUUAAUGACAUUGUACUGGGUAUAUUGGAGCUCCUGAGGACAUACCCCCGCGUUCUGUACAUCGAUAUCGACUGUCACCACGGAGAUGGCGUAGAGGAAGCAUUUUACACCACAGACCGCGUCAUGACCUGCUCAUUCCACAAAUUUGGGGAAUAUUUUCCUGGCACCGGUACCCAGGAGGAUCGAGGAAGAGGAAAGGGGAGGAAUUAUACAGUGAAUAUCCCCUUGAAGGACGGAAUCACGGAUGAGGCUUUUAAGAGGGUGUUUGAACCGAUUAUAAAUAAGAUCAUGGAAAUUUAUCGACCUGGUGCAGUCAUCUUACAGUGUGGAGCGGACUCUCUUGCAGGGGACAAACUUGGAUGCUUCAAUCUGACUAUGAAUGGACAUGCUCACUGCGUCCAGUAUCUGCGCGCAUUCAAUGUCCCACUCAUCCUUCUUGGAGGCGGAGGAUAUACAGUGAAGAACGUUGCGCGGACUUGGACGUACGAGACUGCAUGUGCUCUCGGCAUUCAGGACGACAUUGACCCCAAUCUGCCAUGGAAUGAGUACUUUGAGUGGUUUGGGCCGCGUUACAGGCUCGAGGUACCAGAGAACAAUAUGGAUGACUUGAAUGUACGGGAUGGAAGUUUGGACAAAGUGCGCGCGACUGCACUGCAGCAGCUCUCACAAUUGCCUUGUGCACCCAGUGUCGGGAUGCAUGAGGUACCAAGGGAAAGUCUGGGGCGGCACCUUGGAUUAGAUGUCGCUGAAGAAGAUGCCGAUGAAGACGGUGGCACCGAUGAUCUAGAUCGUCGGCUUGCUCAACAUUCCCGGUUCGUGUACAAAUUGCAGGAGCCAGGGGGCUCCGACGAAUCAGAUGAUGAGCGAUACGACUCUGACGGAUCUUCAUAUCGCCGACGGAAGCGCAUGAGUAUCCUUUCAAAUCGUGUCGUCAAUGUUGACCCUGACAUUGGGAGGGGCCCACCACGAGGACGACGCUUCUUUAAAAGUGCUGUGCGGUGGGACGAGACGUAUGGCCGUGUCCGGUUGGGUAAGGAGCCGGUACUAGGCUCUCUGAACGGGAGUAGACUGGGGGGGAUGAUGGAUGCGACUGGACGGAGUACCCCAGGUGGAGAUGUUACUAUGGAGGAGUGGGAAGAUGGUACUUCUGUAUGAUUUAGAGCUUUUGCACUGGUUUAGUGCCUGUUUGCGCUUUAGUACAACAUAAUAUGUAGUCCCACAGCUUGCAAUUUAAGUGGACUCGAUCCAGUUGCACACUCACUCUCGCGCAUUCUUUGCUUAAAACAAUGAAUAGAGGUCCAUGGAAGGCUGCGAGUACAUUCCUUAUACUUGCCUGUUCGAUGGUAUCCAUGGGAACUCUGUAUAUCCAAAAAGCAAAAUCUAACAGCC